UAUAACUUCACUUUUGAACUCCCCUCUCCCUCUCUCUCUCUCCCCCUGUCUCCCCUUCACACACACAGCGAAGGCAUCGAUGGAACAGCAGAGAGUUCAGAAAUCGGUACAAGAAACUACCGAACAAGAAGAGAUUCAACAUGGCCCUUUUCCAGUUGAACAACUUCAGGGCUCUGGGAUUGCUGCUGUUGACGUAAAGAAACUAAAAGAUGCUGGUCUUUGCACUGUUGAAGCUGUUGCAUACUCUCCGAGGAAGGAGCUUCUGCUAAUUAAAGGGAUCAGCGAAGCUAAAGUUGACAAAAUUGUUGAGGCAGCUUCCAAAUUGGUCCCAAUGGGCUUCACUAGUGCUGGUCAACUCCAUGCUCAGAGAGAGGAAAUCAUUCUCUUAACCACAGGAUCCAAAGAACUUGACAAAGUAUUGGAAGGUGGCGUCGAGACGGGAUCUAUUACUGAAAUAUAUGGGGAGUUCCGUUGUGGAAAGACACAGCUAUGUCACACACUCUGUGUGACUUGCCAACUUCCUUUAGAACAAGGUGGUGGUGAAGGCAAAGCAAUGUACAUUGAUGCUGAGGGGACUUUCAGACCACAAAGGCUCCUGCAGAUAGCUGACAGAUAUGGGCUAAACGGGGCUGAUGUUUUGGAAAAUGUUGCGUAUGCCAGAGCAUAUAAUACAGAUCAUCAAUCAAGGCUUUUGUUGGAAGCAGCUUCAAUGAUGAUUGAGACCAGGUUUGCACUAGUGGUAGUGGACAGUGCAACUGCUCUGUAUAGAACAGAUUUUUCUGGAAGAGGAGAACUGUCAGCUAGGCAGAUGCAUCUUGGCAAGUUCUUGAGGAGCCUGCAAAAGUUAGCAGAUGAGUUUGGCGUUGCUGUUGUAAUUACCAAUCAAGUUGUUUCCCAAGUGGAUGGUUCUGCGGUUUUUUCAGGGCCUCAGAUUAAACCAAUCGGUGGGAACAUCAUGGCUCAUGCUUCUACAACGAGGCUAGCUCUACGUAAAGGAAGAGCAGAGGAGCGAAUUUGUAAAGUAAUUAGUUCUCCUUGUUUGGCUGAAGCUGAAGCAAGGUUUCAGAUUACUGCCGAAGGAGUAACAGAUGUCAAGGACUGACCCGCUCAAACAAAUUUUCUGGGACCAAUUGGCCAUCAUUCCUUUUGAAGUCAAGAUUUAGUUCUUAUUCAGCACUAUAGAAUGAUUUUGGCAACAAAGAAAAUCCACCAACUGGAAUUGAAAGCACAGCAGAGAGCUGUGAAGCAGAACUGAACUUGCACCAAUAUUGUUUCAGAGAUGAAGGCAUCAAUUAUGAUCCAGAGAUGUAUAAAGAGUUCAUUCUACUUUUCAUUUUCUUUUUGUAUAAUUUCUCUAGCACCAAGAGAAAAAACCUAGUCAAAGAUGCCUCUUUUUGCGAUAGCUCUUUGUUCUAAUAUGAUCAUGAUGUAUUACCCUCUUGAGAGUUCAUAAUUGUUGGUGACGCAAGUCAAGUUUAUGCACUGAAAUAUAAAUCUAAAUCAUUUGCUGCA